UUUGUUUUGGUUUGUUUUCCUUCCAGACUCUCUCUCUCUCUCUCGCUGAUAGUGGAAGAAGCAACGUGGUUACUUGUUGAGGAUGGAAGAAUAGUGGUCAAUCCGUGAGCUUCAACUGGGCAUGCAGGCGUACUGAUUAGUAAGGACUCCAAUUUGAUGAGCCCAUUCUCCAUAUAAGCUUAAGGAGGAUCCUUCACUCAAAUGGAACCUGACUCUUGAGAACAUCAAGAAUUGCUGAGGUCAAGACUCAGCAUAAUUUCUUCAUUUUCAAACGGAAUAAAUAUAUAUAUCCAUGAAGUCCCUGUCCUUCAUUGCCAUGCUUAUGCUCUUUCUCUUCAUACUCGCUAUCUUUCCCACGAUUAUUAUUGCCGACCUCAAAUCCGACGGACAAGCCCUCCUUGAUUUUGUUGCUGCUGUCCCUCAUGUCAGAAAACUAAACUGGAAUUCUGCAGCUCCAAUUUGCAGCUCUUGGAUUGGCGUUACUUGUAAUGCAGAUGGAUCCCGUGUGAUCGCCAUCCAUAUUCCAGCAAUUGGACUGUAUGGCUCCAUCCCAGCCAAUAGCAUGGGGAGGCUGGAUGCACUUAGAAUCCUCAGCCUCCGAUCCAACUACCUCAGUGGAAACCUUCCUCCUGAUAUCCCCUCCAUUCCUUCCCUCCAAUACUUGUACCUCCAACAUAACAACUUCUCUGGUCUAUUUCCUGCCUCUCUCUCCCCAAAACUCAGUGUGCUGGAUAUCUCCUUUAACUCCUUCUCUGGUAACAUGCCACUCACAAUUCAGAAUCUGACACGGCUCACAGUGCUGAAUGUCGAAAAAAAUUUCAUCUCUGGAGCCAUCCCCAACCUGAAUCUCCCAAACCUCAAGCUUCUGAAUCUGAGUUAUAACAACUUGAAUGGCUCAAUUCCGUUGUCCCUCCAAAAGUUCCCAUCUUCUUCAUUUGUUGGGAAUUCUCUAUUAUGUGGACCGCCUCUCAAGCAUUGCUCUUCACUUUCUCCUACUCCUUCCCCAUAUCCGUAUUACUCAUCAACCUCUCCACCGACCCAACAAAACCAUAAUUCUAUAUCCAGCAAGAAACUUGGCCUCGGUUCUAUUAUUGCUGUGGCUGUUGGGGCCUCCGCAAUGCUUUCUCUCCUAGUUCUGAUCAUUUUCAUGUGCUGCCUGAAGAGGAAAGCUGGUGAUACUGGUGAUGGCAAUGGCGUAUUCAAAGGGAAGGCCUCUCAUAGUGGAAGGAAUGAGAAGCCUAUGGACUUUGGGAGCGGGGUUCAGGAAGCUGAGAAGAACAAACUGUUCUUCUUUGAAGGAUGCUCUUAUAACUUCGAUCUUGAGGAUUUAUUGAGGGCAUCAGCCGAAGUUCUUGGAAAGGGGAGCUAUGGAACAGCCUACAGAGCUGUUUUGGACGAUGGGACUACAGUGGUAGUGAAAAGGUUGAAGGAAGUUGUUGCCGGAAAGAGAGAGUUUGAGCAACAGAUGGAAGUUGUAGGGAGGUUCGGGCAGCACCCAAAUGUUGUUCCACUCCGCGCUUAUUACUAUUCCAAGGAUGAGAAGCUUUUGGUUUCCAACUACAUGCCUGCUGGCAGCUUGUUUACACUCUUGCAUGGAAACAGGGGUGAAGGAAGGACUCCCGUGGAUUGGGAUUCAAGAGUUAAGAUAUUCCUGGGAAUCGCUAGGGGAAUUGCCCACAUCCAUUCUGAGAGUGGCGGUAAAUGUAGCCAUGGCAACAUCAAGUCCUGCAAUGUCCUACUCACUCAAGACCUCGAUGGUUGCAUCUCUGAUGUUGGCUUGACUCCUCUAAUGAACUUUCCUGCUACCAUGUCCCGAACCACAGGAUACUGUGCGCCGGAGGUGGUCGAGACACGGAAGUUCACUCAGAAAGCUGAUGUUUAUAGCUUUGGUGUGCUCCUCCUCGAGAUGCUGACAGGCAAAGUCCCAUUCCAAUAUCCAGGACACCAUGAUGUGGUUGUUGAUCUCCCAAGAUGGGUCCGGUCUGUUGUCCGCGAGGAAUGGACAGCUGAGGUUUUUGAUGUGGAGCUGCUGAGGCACCAACAUGUGGAAGAGCAGAUGGUGCAGAUGCUUCAAAUUUCACUUGCAUGUGUGUCGAAGUCGCCUGACAUGCGACCCAACAUGGAUGAUGUUGCCAAGAUGAUAGAGGAAGUUCAGCAAUCUGAGGUGACCAACCGCCCAUCUUCUGAAUCCGAGUCUAAUUUGCAAACCCCAUGAAGGCUUCUAGUAUUCUGCUACAUGGAACUAAGACUGUUUUGGUACUGAUUAUCUAGAGCUAUUUUCAUCUAAUUUGUAAGGCAAUAUGGAUAUAUGUUGUGGUAAGGCUUUCUACAUGUUGUGCAUUCAUGUUACCGUGAAAUAAUGUCCAAUUCUAGUCUUGUUUUAAGAUUCUUAAUUAGUAUUACUUCCAUCAGAACAA